GCAAUCAACAAGAACAACAACUUCUCUAAGCCUUCCAACCACAACGCACUCUUCUACUACAACUCUUUCUACUCUAUCUACUACCACUAUCAAUCCAAUCAAUCCAAUCACCAUGUCUCUCUUCCGCAGCAUCCCUUCCGCUGGUGAAUUUGGCCCUCUCUUCCGUCUUCUGGACGACUAUGACCUCCACCGCUCCGGCCAGAGCGCGAGCGCCAGCUCCACCACUGCCACUCGCUCCUUCGCUCCUCGCUUCGACGUCCGCGAGACCGCCGAGGGCUACCACCUGGAUGGUGAGCUGCCCGGCAUUGCCCAGAAGGACGUCGACAUCGAGUUCUCCGACCCCCAGACCCUGGUGAUCAAGGGCCGCACCGAGCGCGAGUACAGCAACUUCAACGAGAAUGAGGACGCCGAGGACAAGAAGGCUGAAGCCCAGACCCAGGAGAACAAGGACAACAAGGCUGCGGGCAGCGAGGUGUCCAAGACCGGCGACAAGCAGGUCAGCAAGCACAAGAACAAGCCUCACUUCUGGGUCAGCGAGCGCUCCAUCGGCGAGUUCCACCGCACCUUCAGCUUCCCCACUCGCGUCGACCAGGACAGCGUCAAGGCCAGCCUCAAGAACGGCAUCCUCUCCAUCUUCGUGCCCAAGGCUGCUGCUCCCACCGCCAAGAAGAUCAACAUCGAGUAGAUGGAUUGAGGUGACUGCGCCUAUGGGCUUUCGACGAGACGAACAACAAUUUGUGAUCCGAAUUCUAGCAUAGCGACUGUUUUCGAGCUUUUCGACUGCUUGCUUUGUGCUUUUUCUCCUUCUUGAGCUGGAUGAUUGAGGGGAUGCUUGAACUUUGUUGACAAAUUGCGCCUUCUGUUGAGCACUGAGUGUCAUUCCUUACGAUAAUGUUUGUUAAUAGUUAAUUCAAUACGUUCUUCAGCAUG